AUGAAUCUGCUCACCGUUCAUUUCCUUCGUGUUCUGCAGCUCACCGUCCUGCUUGUCCAUCUUGGAUGGCACCUGAAAGCCGCGCCUCUUCAACCAGUCGCCAAGAUAAUCAUUCACGAAUUUCUUAAACUCUUCUGCAUCCUCACCCCCCUCAUACCUGUUCACGUACCCCCUCUCCAGCUGCUCGACGAAGCGCACCAGGCUCUUGGGGAAAGCGUCGAGCACGGGGUACGCGGGGUUGCCGAAGUUUGUGGAGUGGAGUGCUUGGACGGACGUCUUGAGUUCCGCGAGCAUUCCGGGGACCUUGUGGUCGAAGUGUUUUUGCGUGGACAGGUGGGAGAGGAGGGUGUCCACAGCGGAGUGGAUGGUGGAGAGUUGGGAGGGGUAUUGGGAGGAGGAGGGGAGAUGUUUGGGGAGGUCAUGGGAGACGUAAGUGUGGAUGUGAUUUAG